GUCGCCACGUCUAUAUAAAUACUCAUUCAACAUAUAAUCUUUGAUUAAACACUCGACAUACCAGUUCCGGUGACACACCACAUUCUAUCGCCACAAUAAACAGCACCAAUAAAUAAAAAUUAUGGUGAUUGCUAAAAAAUAUAUAAUCGAAAAAUAUUUCGAAGGCGAACCUCAGUCGACUGAUUUAAAAUUAGUGGAGGAGGAGUUACCGGCAAUUAAGGAUGGAGAAUUUUUGGUCGAAGCUGAAUAUUUAUCUGUGGAUCCUUACAUGAGACGUUACACCAUGAGAUAUCCAUUAAAGUCAACAAUGAUUGGUUUCCAAGUUGCCAAGAUAAUUGAAUCAAGAAAUCCCAAUUAUCCAGUGGGAAAAAAAAUAAUGGCGCAUUUAGGAUGGAGAACUCAUACAAUUGUUGAUGUCAACAGUACCGAAGAUCAAGGAUUGUUGAAUUUUAAACCUUAUAUUUUACCAGACUUUGGUGAUUUGCCAUUAUCUCUUGCUCUUGGUAUGCUAGGAAUGCCUGGAAAUACUGCAUACUUUGGAUUCACUGAAAUUUGUAAGCCAAAAACUGGAGAAACUUUAGUUGUGUCGGGUGCUGCAGGUGCAGUAGGCUCACAUGUGGGUCAAAUUGGUAAAAUUUUGGGUAUGAAAGUAAUAGGAAUUGCUGGCAGUGAAGAAAAAUGUAAAUGGAUUACUAAAGAUUUGGGAUUUGAUUACGCAAUAAAUUAUAAGACGCAAAAUGUUGUUGAGGAACUGAAAAAAGCUGCACCUGAUGGAAUUGAUUGUUACUUUGAUAAUGUGGGUGGAGAAAUAUCUAGCGCAGUUAUUUAUCAAAUGAAUCUUUACGGACGUGUCGCAGUUUGCGGAUCGAUUUCUGCUUACAAUGCUGAUCUUAAUGCACUACCUAAGUGUACUGUUAUACAACCACCUGUUGUAACCCAACAAUUAAAACUCGAGGGAUUCAUGGUGAUGCGUUGGUUGGAUCGUUGGAUGGAAGGAAUUAAAAAAAAUCUUCAAUGGAUUCAGGAAGGAAAAUUGGUUUAUCAUGAAACUGUAACUGAAGGUUUCGAUAAAAUGUUUGAUGCGUUUGUUGGUAUUUUACACGGGGAAAAUAUUGGAAAAGCUGUCGUUAAAGUUUAAUAAUUUUUUAUUACCAAAGAAAAAAAAUAAUUACCAAAUUUUUUACAUCAUUCAUAUUAUCAAAUUAUCAAAAAUAAAUAUUUUAUAUUAAAUACUCGUUAUAUUUUUAUUUACAAAAAAUUAAUUGUUGAAAAUAUAAUUAAAUAAAUUUA